AUGAACAUCAAUCUAUUUAAUUCGAUUAUAUUAAAUUUAAUUAUAUUAAAAAUAAUUUAUCCAUUAGUAAAUAGUACAACAUCUUGCUCAGUUUUUUUAUCAUUAAAUUGUUCUUGUUUUCAAUCGAAUAUUGAUUUAAAUUUAUCAUUACCUACGACAAUAUAUUCACAUUUAUAUUGUCAAGGAUAUUCUUUAAAUAAAAAUACAUUUCAAUCACCAUUUGGAUAUCAUUAUUACUAUCAAAAUCGUUUUCGUACAAUUUCAUUAGAAUUUUUUCUUAAAAAUAAAGUAGAAAUUCAUUCAAAUCAAUUUGAUUCUUUAUCAACAUUAUUUUCUCAAACAGAUAAUGAUGCAGAAAUUGAAUUAUCUAUUCGAUUUAAUGGUUUUACUCAUAUUACAUUUAACAAAUAUUCCUUAACUUCAAAAACCUUUCACCAAAAACAUUAUAGAAAAAAUUUACGGUUACAUUUUAUUCCAAUAACGCCUAAUUAUAUUCAAAUGGAACCCGGUGAAAAGAACUCUGCUGGUAUCGAUGAUCAAUUUAAAUUUUCGGAAAAUUGUUUUUCUGGCUUAAAUGUUUCUCAUUUAAAUAUAUAUAGUUAUAUGAAAAGAGAUCAUCUCUCAUCAUCAUUUCCAUUUGAACAUGUAUUCAAUAAUACAAAUAUUGGUGAACUUCAUUUUCAUGGAUCAAUUAUUCCUCCUGGCCCAUAUUCUCUAAAACGAACAUUUAAAGGUCUUGUUAGAUCAUUAACACUUUAUCGUCAUGUUGAUACCAUUGAUUCAAAUACAUUUCCAUACUAUUUUCCCGUUCAUUCUUAUACUAUUCAUGCAAUUGAAGCUCAUUCAAUGGAUCUUGGUUCAUUUAUCCCAUUAUAUACUAAUUUACGUGGAUUAGAAUUAAUAAAACCACAUUUUGAAGUAUUAAUUGAUAGAUCUAUUCCAACAUUAGAUUCUUUAACAUUAGAUAUUGAAUAUUUAAGUGAACGAACACUUUUCGCUGCUCAACAGGUUAAUAAUUUAAAAUUAACUUCUAGUCUUCGUCAAAUAAAUCCUCAAGUAUUUUAUUCAUUACAAACUCAUUUAAAACAUUUCGAUUUAUCUGAUGUUAAUCUAUCUGAAAUGACAUCAGAUUCUCGUUGUUAUUUAAUUCAUUUUAUUCAUCAUAAUUAUCAACAUCAAUUAAAUAUAGUUUUUCCUCGAAUAGAAAAUUUAACCGAAUGUGAUUGUGCUCGACUUAUUCUUAUACAUAUUCAAUUAACUAAAAAAUUCAAAGAUCAGUAUCAUGAUGAUUUAUUAUGUACAAAAAAAUGUCGUUUUAGUGAUUGUUCAACAAUUAGUGAAUAUUUUCGUGAAAAAUAUCCAUUAUUUACAAAUAAUAAUCAAAUUAUGAAUAAUUCAAAUGGUAUAAAUAAUAAUUUACCUUCUGUUGAUUUAUAUUCUGAUUCAAUUGAUAUGGAUAUGAUGCAUUUUCUUAUUAAUCAAACAGUUGAUCAACCAAUACAUAUAAAUCAAAUACGAUCAACAAACACACCUUUAACAACUUUCCGAUAUCCUUCUAAUGUUUUAUUUUCAACACCAAUUAUAUAUUUUGAUUCGAUCGAUGAAGACAAAAAUAAACCAUCAAAAUCUAAAAAAACCAAAUCUUUUUCUUGGAUGUCAUUUUUAUUUGGUAGUAUUAUUCUUUUACUUUUAAUUCUUAUUAUUUCUAGUAUUAUAUUUUGUCUUGUAAAAUAUAGACAAAAAAAGCAUUUCAAACGUGUUCCUGUUUAUGUUUAG